AAUUCUUCGUAUUUAAAUUUAAUUAUCGAGCAACAUGAUAAGAUGGCCGUUCCCAGUUCUCUGCAUUUGCUGCAUUUUAUACUCCAUGAUCCAUCCGCAUGGGCUACUAGCAGCGUCGGUCUACCGUGUCCAGCUACCAGGAGACAUCGACGAGUCGACCAGGCAGCCCACCCCGAUAGCCGGUAAUAUGACGGAUUCGCACGGGCAGUCACGAGAAUUUCGACAGCGAACGGGUCUGUACCGUACACGUAAAUUGUUCCAGUUCAGUUAUAAGCGAGGAGGCGGCGACGGAAAGCGGCGAGUUACAGAAGAUCUUACCAAGGAGCGUCCUCGUGGCACAAACGAGUCGCUCCAGCCUCAGCCGUCCCAUGUUGACUUUGAGAGACCAAGGAUAAGCAAGAAUGCGACGAUUCGUGAACCGGAGCCUACGCGCCUGGGCAUGCGCAGCGAAAUUUCCACGGUGGUCACUACUAGAGGAAAAAACAACCAGGACAGCGGUAGGCGAGAGGGCAGCGCAGAAAAGCGGCAAGCUAUAGGAGAUCGCUCCUCUUGGCCCAAGGAGCUAACCUUGCCACUAGCUCGCGGAAUAGCCCACCUGGCCAGGCGAGUAGAUAACCCCUGGUAUGUCACCUACGCCAAUGUGUGGCAUGACACUCGCCUCGCUGCUAAGCAGCUGAGCCGGAUUCCCCGAAUCCACUUGGCGUCGUCGCCAACCGUAAACUACUAUCCCGACGAUCAGAAGCUUCAAAGCGUGUGCAAAACUAAGUCGACCUUGUUUUAUAAUUACUCUUCUUUCCGAUGGAAUCAAAGGACGAAGUGGAGAUAUUCUCGCCGCCAUACUUACGAUAAGGCAUUCAGUUACAGACGGAUUCACGAUAGGACAAGACCAUGGAUUCAGGACAUAGAGUGUCACACAUACCAAAAAUUGAAAACAACGGUCUUGGAACAUUUAGAUUGCGUCUUAAAGGCCUAUCAAUUAAUGGAAUACGACAUACCAUUUUAUCCAUUGCAUCAGAACGGAUGAAACUAUACAGCGAUGGAUCCUGGAAGAUUCUCAUAAUAAUAUUCUCAUAAUAAUACCUAAUAAAUGUGAUAAAUUUUUGUCUGCCCUUGGGCGUUUCGUG